CGCGCUGCUCCUGACCUUCAGUGUGCUGGCUCCAGCGCCAUGGCGCCCGCUAGGAAGUUCUUCGUGGGGGGAAACUGGAAGAUGAACGGGCGAAAGAACAAUCUGGGGGAGCUCAUCAACACCCUCAACGCAGCCAAGCUGCCGGCCGACACCGAGGUGGUUUGCGCACCCCCCACCGCCUACAUUGACUUCGCCAGGCAGAAGCUAGAUCCCAAGAUUGCCGUGGCUGCACAGAACUGCUACAAAGUGGCUAAUGGGGCCUUUACUGGGGAGAUCAGCCCUGGCAUGAUCAAAGACCUCGGAGCCACGUGGGUAGUCCUGGGGCACUCGGAGAGAAGGCAUGUCUUUGGAGAGUCAGAUGAGCUGAUUGGGCAGAAAGUGGCCCAUGCCCUGGCAGAGGGACUUGGAGUAAUCGCCUGCAUUGGGGAGAAGCUAGAUGAGCGGGAAGCUGGCAUCACCGAGAAGGUCGUUUUCGAGCAAACCAAGGUCAUCGCAGAUAAUGUGAAGGACUGGAACAAGGUUGUCCUGGCCUAUGAGCCUGUGUGGGCCAUCGGUACCGGCAAGACUGCCACACCCCAACAGGCCCAGGAAGUACAUGAAAAGCUCCGGGGAUGGCUUAAGACCCACGUCUCUGAGGCAGUGGCUCAGAGCACCCGCAUCAUUUACGGGGGCUCUGUGACUGGGGCAACCUGCAAAGAGCUGGCGAGCCAGCCUGAUGUGGACGGGUUCCUUGUGGGUGGCGCUUCCCUCAAGCCUGAAUUUGUGGACAUCAUCAAUGCCAAAUAAUAAGCCCAUCCAUCGCCCCUACCUCCCCUUCCCUCCAAGCCAGGGACUAGGGAGCUCAGAAGCCCAAUAACUGUGCUGCCCCACCCCCCACAUGCUUCUGAUGGUGUCGCCUGCCCCCUCUCACAGCCUAAUCCCAGGUGGACCUCUUCCUUUCCCGUUUACACCCUACCCUGUAAUGGCUGGGACCAGGCCAAUCCUGCCACCACUUACUGUUCAGUUGGAACUAAACCUGUCACCAAGGAGGCGUCUCCUUGGCUGAGAGGUGGGAGGGGUGGUUUGCCCGUGGGUCCCCUCCGUCCCCGGUGAAGGCAAGAGAGAGAAACCAUCCUGUCCCAUCUCACAGCACGAGGCCAAGGACCGAGAGAAGGCCC